AUGUCCUUCAACUUGUUUUCUGCUACUGAUUUCACCAAAGAAGUCGCUAUAUCUCAUUUGCCAUUCACUCGUGAUAUCACUGUGAGCGUACCAUUAAAACCAGAUGCCAACUCCGAUACCAAUUAUUCUCGAGUUUUCAGAAACAAAGCCACCGCCAGUCGUUUAAUCCAAAACAUUCAUCCUGAUUUAGAUACUCACCCCAAGUUAUUUAAUAAUGCUGCAGACAUGUUUGGUGAUCGUCCAUGUCUUGGUAAAAGACCUUAUGAUUACAAAAAUAAAACUCUGGCUCCAAGGUUUGAUUAUUUCACUUAUUCCGAAGUGAAAACUAAGAAAAACAAUAUUGGUGCUGGGUUCAUUCGCUCAUUAUUGCAAAACCCAUUUCUUGAUUCUCAUUUGGAAUCUCAUAGAAAAGUUGUUAAUCAUUUACGUGAUUGGCCAACUUAUGGCAUCCAAAAAUCUGGAAGAGAUAAUCAAGAUUUUGAAAUUGAAAAAAGCACUUCAUUUAUCUUGACCAUAUUUGCUGUUAACCGUUUAGAAUGGGUAUUGACUGAUUUGGCAUGCAGUUCAUAUUCUAUCACCAAUACAGCAUUAUAUGAUACUUUGGGUCCUGAUGUCUCGCAAUAUAUUUUGGGAUUAACUGAAUCACCCAUUGUCGUCACAACUAAUGAUAAAAUCCCUGUGUUGUUGGAUUUAAAAAGAAAUUACCCCAAGCAAACAAGUUCAUUAAUUUCAAUUGUUUCAAUGGAUCCAAUUGAUUUGGUAUCACAAGAAUGGUUUGAUCAAGCUGCAAAAUUUAAUGUUACCAUUCAAGACUUGAAUCAAAUUGAAGCAUUAGGUUUAAACAAUCCAAUCCAUGAAUUGCCACCAAACAAAGAUGCAUUGUUUACAAUUUCAUUCACUUCAGGGACCACUGGCAGUAAACCAAAGGGAGUCAUGAUAUCCCAGGCUGGUGCUGCUGCUUACAUCACGUCAUUGACUUGUAUUAAACCUCAUGCUGCUGCUGUUGGCGAAAAAGCAUUCAUUUUUUUGCCUUUGACUCAUUUGUAUGAACGUCAAACUAGUGCCUUUGCUUGGUCUACAGGAUAUUACUUGGGAUUCCCACAAUUGACUCUUGGACAAGAAAACAUCAAUCCAUUUUCCAAUAUGCUUGAGGAUUUGAGAAUUUUUAAACCAACUUAUAUGUCAAUUGUUCCUCGAUUAUUAACAAGAUUAGAAGCUUUGAUUAAGAGUAAGAUUAAGGAAUUAUCACCAGCAGAACAAGACAAAGUCAACCAAAUCAUUGAAUACAAAAUUAAAGAACAAGGUAAACGUGAUGGUGCCAAAGGAUUAAAUGCUGCUCUUGAUCAAUACGCCCCUUAUAAGUUUUUACGGGAACUAGUUGGGUAUGAUAAUAUCAAAUGGGUUCAGACUGCUUCUGCCCCGAUUGCUCCAUCUACAUUGGUAUAUUUGAAAGCAAGUUUAAAUAUGGGUAUAAGACAACAGUAUGGUUUGACAGAAAGUGGUGCUGCCAUUACUAGUACUGAUGACUACGAGGCACAAGCAGGUACUUGUGGACCUAUUUUGCCAACAGGACAAUUGAAGUUACGAAGUGUUAGAGAUAUGGGAUACAGUAUUGAUAAUUUAGAAGGUGAGGUGAUGCUUCAAGGGCCGCAAAUGUUUAAAGGUUAUUAUUAUAACAAAGAAGAGACCGACAAUUCCAUUAAUGAAGACGGUUGGUUCCAUUCUGGUGAUAUUGCUCGAAUUGACCCUAAAACUGGGAGAGUUAGUAUUAUUGAUAGAGUUAAGAAUUUUUUCAAAAUGCAGCAGGGGGAAUAUGUCUCUCCAGAAAGGAUUGAAAACAGAUAUUUGUCGUCCAAUCCCCAAAUCACCCAAUUAUACGUUCAUGGAAACUCCUUACAAACUUAUUUGGUAGGGAUUGUUGGUGUUGAAUAUGAGAAGGGAUUAAAGUUUCUUAAUGAAGAAUUUGGGUUUAAUAAGAUUGAUAUUUCUGAACAUGAAUUAUUACAAGACUUGAACAAAAUUGAAAUUAAAAGCAAAUUUUUGGAAAAAAUGAAUCACAAUGUUCGUGGGAAAUUGAAUGGAUUCGAAAUAUUACACAACAUUCAUAUCGAAAUUAAUCCUUUAACUGUGGAAAGAGAAGUAGUAACCCCAACAUUUAAAUUAAGACGUCCAGUUGCUUCAAAAUUUUUUGCUGAUGUCUUCCAUAGGUUAUAUGAAAUUGAGCAAAGUUUAUUGCAUCAAGCAAAAUUGAGAAUUGCAAAAUUAUAA